GGCAGACCUCCCACCCGGUGUCCCAGUAUAAAAGCCCAACGUGGGUCACCCUCUGUCCUUUUUUCCCUCUGCUCAAAGUUGGGGUCAUCUUGUUGCUGGACACAGUAAAGCACAAUGGGAAAGGAAAAGACCCACAUCAACAUCGUGGUCAUUGGACACGUCGACUCCGGAAAGUCCACGACCACGGGCCAUCUGAUCUACAAAUGCGGUGGAAUCGACAAGAGAACCAUCGAGAAGUUUGAGAAGGAGGCAGCUGAGAUGGGCAAAGGCUCUUUCAAAUAUGCCUGGGUGCUGGACAAACUGAAGGCUGAGCGGGAGCGUGGUAUCACCAUCGACAUUGCCCUGUGGAAGUUUGAGACCAGCAAGUACUACGUGACCAUCAUUGAUGCUCCUGGACACAGGGACUUCAUCAAGAACAUGAUCACUGGCACCUCUCAGGCUGACUGCGCUGUGCUGAUCGUUGCUGCUGGUGUGGGUGAGUUUGAGGCCGGUAUCUCCAAGAACGGACAGACCCGUGAGCAUGCUCUGCUGGCCUACACUCUCGGAGUCAAACAGCUCAUCGUGGGGGUUAACAAAAUGGACUCCACCGAGCCCCCAUACAGUCAGAAGCGCUUUGAGGAAAUCACCAAAGAAGUCAGCGCUUACAUCAAGAAGAUCGGCUACAACCCAGCAACUGUGGCUUUUGUGCCCAUCUCUGGAUGGCACGGAGACAACAUGCUCGAGGCUAGUGAGAAGAUGGGCUGGUUCAAGGGCUGGAAGAUUGAGCGUAAAGAGGGUGGUGCCAGUGGAACUACCCUCCUGGAGGCUCUGGACUCCAUCAUGCCCCCCUCCCGCCCCACAGACAAGCCCCUCCGUCUCCCCCUGCAAGACGUCUACAAGAUUGGCGGUAUCGGCACUGUCCCCGUGGGCCGUGUGGAGACUGGUAUUCUGAAGCCCGGUAUGGUGGUGACCUUUGCUCCCCCAAAUCUGACCACUGAGGUGAAGUCUGUGGAGAUGCACCACGAGUCUCUGCCCGAGGCAUUGCCCGGAGACAACGUUGGUUUCAACAUCAAGAACGUGUCCGUCAAGGAGAUUCGCCGUGGCAAUGUCGCCGGCGACAGCAAGAAUGACCCCCCAAUGGCUGCAGAAAACUUCACUGCCCAGGUGAUUAUCCUGAACCACCCAGGUCAAAUCGCCCAGGGUUAUGCCCCCGUGUUGGACUGCCACACGGCUCACAUCGCCUGUAAGUUCAGCGAGCUCAAGGAGAAGAUUGAUCGCCGCUCAGGCAAAAAGCUGGAGGACAACCCCAAAGCCCUCAAAUCCGGAGACGCCGCCAUCAUCACCAUGGUACCCGGAAAACCCAUGUGUGUGGAGAGUUUCUCCCAGUACCCUCCCCUGGGUCGUUUUGCUGUUCGUGACAUGAGGCAGACGGUCGCUGUGGGUGUGAUCAAGUCUGUGGAGAAGAAGGCACUGUCUGGAGGAAAGGUGACCAAGUCUGCACAGAAAGCCGACAAGAAGAAAUGAACCGUGAUGCAGGGUGUCCCACAUAAAGUCCCACCCUCUCCGCUCCCUCUGUACCCAGCACCCACUUCUCUGAGGCACAGCUCUCUACUCAAGGACUGGCUAAUGCUGAUCAAAACCCAUCGUAAAAGCUUCCGGAGGAAAAGAGGGCUGGUUCUGUUUAGGGAAGACUAAGAAUUUAACAGUAAAAUGUAAAAAAAUUAAAACAUUGUCAAAUAAAAA